AUGGACUGUGAUUUAGUGUAUAACUUCAUCAUGGGAAGAACCAUGAUUCACAAGAUGCAGGCCAUCCUGUAUACAUACCAUCAAAUGAUGAUGUACGUCUCGGACGCAGGCUUUGCCGAACGGAUAAGAGGAGAUCAUGAGAUCGCAAGAAGAACUUGCCACACCGCUAUCCAAAAAUCGAGACUGGGAGAUGGUCCUGAGGAUGAUGAUGACAAGGAUGAUAGAAAUCAAGAGCCCUCGCAUGAGGAGCAAGAGGCUAAGAAGAGAAAGGUCGGCCCUGGAAGUCUGGUAAAACCCGUAGAGGUUGAUGCUCGGCUCGAGGGUCCUUCUCCCGAGCCGGAUCAGGAAAUGGAGGACAUAUUCCUCGAAGUUGAUUCUGACAGGAGCGUCCGAAUAGGCAAAGGCCUAAGUCCAGGGCUCCGAAUCGAGCUCAUACAACUGUUGAGAGAUCACAAAGACAUUUUUGCAUGGUCGGCAGCUGACAUACCACGGAUAGAUCCGAAAAUGAUCUGCCACAAGAUGGAUGUCAACGUCAAAGCCCAACCAAUCAAACAGAAGAAGAGGAACUACUCCUCAGAGAAGAACAAAUCCAUUGCCGAAGAGGUAAAGAGGCUACAAGAGGCCAGAGAAAAAACCACAUUCAGCAUGAGUGCAGGAGUGUUCAACUACAGAAUGAUGCCCUUCGGAUCGAAAAACGUCGGAGCAACCUAUCAGAGGCUAGUUGAUCACGUCUUUCCUUAUCAGAAGGGAAGGAACGUCGAGGUUUAUGUAGACGAUUCCAUAGUGAAAAAGCAUCAAGAAGGAAGACCACAUCAAAGACAUGGCCCUUCGAAAAUCCGAGGAAGUAUAAGAUGA